AGUCUGUACUCGGCCUAAGCUUGCGCACAUCGUUCGCUCAGCGCCGUAGCAGCAGUGCCGCGUAGACCUCACGACGGAUGCUACGUCCGACUGGCUACGUACCGCGUUCGUAUUCUUACCGCAAUGCUUGUACAAGCGAAUCUAUACUUCAGUGCAGUGUUCUAAAUUCGAAUAAAAGUUUUUAUUUAUUUAUUUAUUUCGUUUCUGGCAUCGUGUGUUGUGAACGAACUUUUUUUCUAGUAAUUUUUUUUUUGUCUUUCGCAAAAAUUUACUCCGAAGUUCAGGCGAUGGAGUGAAAACAAUACCGACGCUGUGUGGAAUUUGAAAAUCAAAUGACUUGACGUUCGAAAUCGAAUAACCUCAAUUCGAAAUUCAAAAAUGACGUGUCCGUUCCGACGCGCCUCGUCGCAACAUCAGUUCGCAAAUGGCGCCGGCUCGACGAGCAAGAGGCCAGAGUUUCGUUCCCGCACUUCGUCAGUCCACCUGCCUGGCCCCGAGGAAGAAGACAACGAACGCAACACAUUGACGCUUAAGCAUCUAAGUGAAGCCCUGCAACUGUUAACUGCGCCUUCGAACGAGUGCUUACACGCUGCGGUAACAUCUCUUACGAAGAACCAAGCGGAACACUACGACAAAUACAAUUGUUUACGCAGAUUACCCGAUGAAGUGAAGACCUGUAGAAAUUAUGCGUAUCUCCAAGAAAUCUACGACGCGGUGCGAGCGACAGACAGUGUUAGCACUAAAGAUUUUAUGGCGAAAUUAGGAGAAUAUUUAAUAUUAACAGCGUUUUCACACAAUUGCCGAUUGGAGAGGGCUUUCAAAUGUUUAGGCACCAAUUUGACUGAAUUCCUGACCACAUUAGACAGUGUACAUGACGUAUUGCACGACCAGGACGAUUCACUCAAAGACGAAACUAUUGAAUACGAAGCUAAUUUCGUAUGCACAACAUCACAAGAGGGGAAGAUACAACUUCAUCUCACGACCGAAAGCGAGCCGGUCGCUUACCUACUGGUGGGAAGUCUUAGAGCAAUAGCCCGAAGGCUGUACGAUACACGGACAGAUAUAAGACUGAUGAGCUACACCAACGACCCAAGAAGAUUUAGAUAUGAAAUAAACGCUGCCCCGCUAAACCUUAAAACCAAAGAGGAAAACUGCGAUACAACGAAUGAACCUGCUCCAAUUGCCACGUCAACCAAAGUGACAGAUCUGAAGAUAGGCGUCGCCAGUUUCUGCAAAGCCUUCCCUUGGCAUUUUGUUACAGAUAAGCGUUUGGAACUCGUCCAGCUCGGUGGAGGUUUCAUGCGUCUCUUCGGAAUGCACCUCGCCUCUCAUGGUUCGUCUCUCAACACGUUCUUCAGACUGCUUCGUCCUCGUGGAGUCCCCUUAGACUUCCGCGAGAUACUGAAAAGGGUCAAUACUCCCUUCAUGUUUUGCUUGAAGAUACCAGGGUCUACUUCUUUGGCUGAGGGCUUAGAAAUAAAGGGCCAAAUGGUGUUUUGUUCCGAAUCGGAUUCCCUUCUCUUCGUGGGCUCUCCGUUCCUUGAUGGACUUGAAGGCUUAACUGGGAGAGGCCUUUUCAUAUCAGAUAUUCCACUCCACGAUGCAACAAGGGAUGUCAUUCUAGUGGGAGAACAGGCUCGGGCACAGGACGGACUUCGAAGGCGUAUGGACAAACUUAAGAACUCAAUCGAAGAAGCAAGUAAAGCGGUAGACAAAGAGCGCGAGAAGAAUGUCAGUCUUCUGCAUUUAAUAUUCCCACCUCACAUCGCUAAAAGGCUGUGGCUAGGUGAGAAGAUAGAAGCGAAAAGCCACGAUGACGUCACAAUGCUGUUCAGUGACAUCGUCGGCUUCACAUCCAUCUGUGCUACUGCAACACCGAUGAUGGUUAUUGCGAUGCUGGAGGAUCUGUACAGCGUAUUUGAUAUAUUCUGUGAGGAGCUUGACGUUUAUAAGGUGGAAACAAUAGGUGAUGCAUAUUGCGUUGCAAGUGGCUUACACCGCAAAAUCGAGACGCACGCACCCCAGAUCGCAUGGAUGGCGUUACGCAUGGUCGAAACAUGCGCACAGCAUUUGACGCAUGAAGGAAAUCCCAUCAAGAUGCGCUUAGGACUGCAUACUGGUACAGUACUAGCCGGGGUCGUCGGUAAAACUAUGCAGAAAUACUGCCUUUUCGGUCAUAACGUGACCCUUGCAAAUAAAUUUGAAUCCGGCUCAGAACCACUGAAGAUCAACGUCAGUCCCACCACUUACGAGUGGCUAAUACAAUUCCCGGGCUUCGAAAUGGAAUCGCGAGACCGUUCCUGUCUCCCGAAUUCAUUCCCCAAGGACAUCCCGGGAACAUGUUAUUUCCUUCACAAGUACGUACACCCGGGAACGGACCCUGCGGCGUCCCAGGUCAAACAUAUACAGGAUGCGUUAAAAUAUUAUGAAAUAGGACAAUUCGGACAAAGUAAUCCAGUUGAAAAUGACCCGGAGCCAACAUAGUCACGACACGAGCGGUUAUGAUAAUUUUAAUAUUAUCUACAAUGUACAUAGCUUUAAUUAGAGCUUUGUUUGUUAUUGUUUUAGAUAUAUUCGUAUUUGUGUUAUUACGAGAAUCAAUUGAAGUUAGUACUACCAUUAAACAUAUUUGUAAUUUUAAUUAGUGUAUCACGGGAUCGUUGUACUUGCUGUUCAAAUAAAUUAAAAAUACAUUAUAAUAAGUGUCGAUGUUCAAUGUUUAAGUGUUCGUCUAUAUCACGGCAUAGAAAUACUUUCAGCUUUACAAAGGAAUCUAUUCGUUAAUAAAAUAGAAUAAAACACUUUUUUGGAGUCAUAUUAUGCCCAAUAAUGUAGAGCGUAUCAUGAUUACAAUCCAAACCCUUAGCUAUAAAAUAGUUCUAGUCAUUGUUUGUAAGAAAAUAAGCAGCCUUUGGGAAUAAAUGUUUCUAAGUUUUUUCUUUAGAAAUAGAAUAGAAUAUUUAUGAAGCUUUACUAAUAAAAUGUAAGGGAAUGUAAAUAAAUUGAAUCCGGGAUAAUUACGACUUACUUAGAGUUAAUGCGAAUUGCUUAAAAAUAAAGCAAAAUAAUGUUAAAAUUUCGCUACGAUUAGAUUAAUAUUUUAUUAAGCAUAAUAUUGUGUAACGAGUUAAUGGCGAAUUUGUAGAAUCACUGUUUAUAAAGAACUGUAUCGUAAUCUCACGUUAUCGAUUUAAUUUAACUAUUUAGUGAUAAAAUUCAUACAUGUGUAAUUCACAUCUUAGACGUUGUAAAUAAAUUUUGAUUCUAUAAAAACAAAAGCGUACGUUCUAAAAUAGGUAAUGGGCUUUAGUAUAUUGUUGACUUUUCGGAAUAAUAAUAAUAAUAAUAAUAAUAAUAAUAAUGUUUUUAUUUCAAGUAUCCAUGACUCAUAUAAAUUGUUAAUAAGACUUAGACCUAUGUUAGUAGUUAUAUUUACAUCACAAUGAAUUAUGUAUAUCAUGUAAGUCUAAGUUAAAAUAAUUUUAGUAAUCAAUUUCAAGGCCGACCAAGGGUACAUUCCUAUAUUGGUUUUAAUAAGAUACACCAUAUAAAUCAACUAAAAGGUCUUGGAAUUUAAAUUUGUAAAAUUUUUUUAAGUACAUUUUUUUAAUCCUCUAUAUUCCCUUGAACAUAAAUUUAAAUCCAAUAAAUCUCUGAUUUAACGUUAAAAGAACCUUAAUUUUUCCAAAAUUAAUUUACUCCGAGGUAUUCUUUUCUAAUUUCAGUAAAAAAUGAAUUAAGGUAAGUGAAUAUGAAUGUUAUGUACUUGAGAUGUCUUUAUACCUUUCCAGUAAAUGUCCACGACUUCGUUCACGCUGUCUUCUAGAUUUCGCGAAAUUUUUAUUAUGAUGCACUCAUUGCAAAAAAAUCCUCCUCGAAAAUGUAAUCAUGUUCGCGUGAAUACUCUAAGAAUACCUACAGAUAAUCGUUUUGAGAUAUAUUCAUUUUAUAGAUGUGAAUAUCGGAAGAAAUGUAUAAAUGGCUAUUGUCUAAAUAAAAAUAUGCUUGUAGGUGUACUUGGCAAUAAGUAAGUGAUAGAUUAAAAUUUAUAUUUCUAUAUUUUUUUCCAUUCUGUUUGUUAAGUGCAAUGAAAUUGUUACAAUUUCAAAACUUGGAUUAAAAAGAAACAAUAAUUUCUCUUUUCGGAAAUCCUUGCUGUGCCUUCUUCUCACGUUAAUCUCAAAAUUAUAAAAAUAGUUAUUUAAAAGUAAAAGUACAUUAGGUAAAUUGUAGACUUUUUAUUUAUAAUGAAAUAAUAAUUUAUUUAAAUUAUUCGAGAGUUAUUUAAAUAUUUCCAAAUCUAGAACAUUCAUACAGAACGUAUAAUAUAAAAAAAAACUAUUUUAAAUUUCUAUUAAACAUUUUUCAGUGUUGUGAUUUAGAUUAGUUUAGUGGAAUUAUAGUCAUUAGUACUAAUGAAACACAAUUCAUAAGUAAUUAAUUACGCUUACGUUUAAAUACAUCGCGUAAUUAGUUUAUGAUCUAGUCGAUAAUUAAGAAUAUAUUGAUAAUAUAAUAUAUUAUGUAUAUGAUAAUACUCGAUAUUGGAUAGUGCUUUAGAUUCUCAUUACGUAGCAUUCCAUUAAUUAGGAAAAUAUAUUAUAUUAAACAGUUUUGCAGUUUUGCUCUGACAGUUUUGCUCUGACGUUGCUGAGUUGAGGCUUCAAAUAAAACGUGAGAUUCGAGACGAUAACUUGGGAUUUAGUUUCUUUUCCACGAUAUUAUUUGUCUGAAAAAAAAAUAGGUUUGAAGCGAACGAAAGUCACGUAAAAUACAGGCACACGUGGUGACUUUGCGAUUUUCUUUCUACAUUUUAUGUCGAUCGAAUGAAAAUGAACCUUAGAGAAUGUUUUGAUAAAUCUUAUUUUAUUUACUUUGAACAAACGAAUAUAGAUAAAGUCGCGUUAUAAAAUGAUUUACGCCAAUCUUUAAAUCUAACAUCGUGUGUAGUUAAUUUGAUCUAAACCUCUUCCCGUUGUCGACAAAGAAUUACAAAAAAUGUUUUCCGUAAGUAAAAAUUUGAAUUAUAAUUCUAUGUAAAAUUCUUAUAAAUAUAAAUAUAUAAAUUUCGGGAAUCGUUUUAAAUAAAUAUUUAAUUCAUUCUUCUAUAAAUAAUUGAAACAAUUAUAAGCCUGUAUUAAUAAAUAAAUUAUUAAUAUUGCUAUAUAGUAUGUGAUUAUAAUAAAACAAUUGAAAUAACUAGAAAAUUAUAAGAAUUCUGCAGAAUUAGUUAUUAGAAUUAGUAGAAUUAUUAUUCUAUACAAUUUAUAUUUCUAUAGAAAAUUAUAAGAAUUUACAAGUCUGCUUUACUUAUCACAAACCUUUAAAAUUAAUACUAUUUUUGUGUCAGUAAUAGUUGAUCAUGAAUAUAUGCAACUGUAAUAAUUAAAUUUUAUAGCUAAAAUUAUAUACGUAAUCAUAAUUCGGUUAAAAGUUAUUUCAAUUGUUUUAUUAUAAUCACAUACUAUAUAGCAAUAUUAAUGAUUUAUUUAUUAAUACAGGCUUAUGAUUGUUUCAAUUAAUUAUAGAAGAAUAAAUUAUAAUUUUAUUUAAUACGAUUCCCGGAAAUUAAUGUUUUGUUCUUAAUUAAACAUGAAAAUCUUAAUUUUUAGACCAAAUUAAGCGAAAAAUAUCUUUUAACCACAAAUUCAUUGGAAUAAGAUUUUCGUUCUAAUUCUAUAAACCACCAACGACUCCAAAAUGCUAAAUAUGUAGUUUGGGCAGAUUGUUAGCAUUUCACUGAAAUUUCUGUAGGCAAUUUGGCAACGGGCGCAAAAAGUGUAUCAGGAUAUGGCGAGUCCGUCAGCAUUCACUAAAUAUGUUCUAGAAUACACUAAUUCGCUACCAUUGCUAUUAUAUGUAUUAAGUAAAUAAAAAUGGACGUAAAUAACAGACUUAAAGGAAUCUUUUGAUCUCAUUGUUAGUUGACUGCUUUGUGAGUAUGAAAAUAUACUAGUCUUUGUAUUUUAUUAGAUAGUAGAAUCGUAGAUAAGUUUGGCUAUUAUAAUAGUUUAUAAAAUUUAGAUUCGCUGACAGAUCAGUAUGCCUUUUCCUAAAAAUUAAUUGCUGUUUGUUAGUCUCGCUAAAACUCGAGAACGGCUUAACCGAUUAGGCUAAUUUUGGUCUUAUUUAUUUGUGGAAGUCCAGAGAAGGUUUAAAAGGUAGAUAAAUAUGAAAAUGCUCGGAAUUACAUAAAAAUAACAAUUUUGUUUUUCCUUUCAUGUGUCCCCCAUCCGGUGCGGUGGAUUCCUUUUGUUUGUUUCAAGUUUAUUUAUGCAAAAGUUUAGGUCUUUUAUUUAUCGAUUGAGGCACUACAAAGUCUACCGGGUCCGCUAGUUUUAAAAUAAAAUGAAUUGAAAUAUUUUUUUGGCAAAGUUUGUCUAAACGUAAAAGUAAACUAUAAUUUAACUCUUGAAAUACUAUAACACUUAUAUAUUAGUGCAUACUUAGUAUAAGUAUGUGGUAAUUAUGUCUACGUUAUAUACUUUGAGUAUACCGGGGAACCGGACAGACAAUUACGGGUCCACUUGUAAAUUCAACCUCAGGACAGAUAUAAAAUACAAAAUAAUAUUUAGAAUUCGUUCGUCCUAUCGGGUUCAGAUGUAAAUUUGAACUAUGCAGGGACCCAGUUGAACACGAAAAAUAAUUAUCGAAUUUGGUCCCGCCAUUUUGAAAGAGUUCAGUGACAAGCUUACAAAAAAAUAAUUUAAGCUUCGUCAUUGUCAGAUAAACAUUUGCUAUAAUUACUAUUUGGAGAUUUCGACAUUUAGACUAUCAAUACUAGUUUAAUAACCAAAUUACUCUCUACAGAGUAGAUAUUGGUUUGGCAUCGACAAAUUCCAUAAUAUAUUAUGUUGUGAUAAUACUAUUGUAUAUGUCGUCUAAGUAUGUAGUUGGCUUUAUUUAAAUAUAAGUUGCAAUACUCAAUUUCAUCCAAUCAGGAGCUGUGGCCAUUAUUGAUGCGAUUAGUUAUUAGAUCGCCAGGAAAUGUAGGUAAAAUAACAAAAUCGUAUUUACCGGCGGCCAUAUUGAAAUAUGACAUCGAAGUCUUAAAGGCACUUAAUUGAAGGCGGAAUGUUACUUCGCAGCAAUAGGGCGGAUAAUGGCGCCGACCUAGGCCGUUUGAAAAUAUAAAAGAAAUAGAACACUAUAUUACUCCUAUAGCCACUAAUAGUUAGAGGCUAGCGGUUACUCUGUGAAAGCAAUCAUCGUAUUAAAUAUUAAGGCAUACAUCCAUCGAAAUGCCUCAAAGGGGUUCUAUACAAAAAGCCUAAAGUAUAUUAUGAAACAAACAAACAUAAAGUAUAAAAAGGUGAUUAGUAUUUUAACUGAGCUUGUCUUUGUUGUACUGUCAUACCGUCACGUGUCGUUUUUAAGUGUAAAUAUUCACCCAUGAAAUUUUAAAUCUAGACUUACCUUCGGCUAUUCGUAUGGUAGUUUUUUGUAGUUUUGAAUUUAUAUAUUUCAAGUUAUUGUUUACGUAUAUGUAUGUAUGUAUGUAUGUACGUAAGCCAAGAACGGCUUCUCUUACAAAAUAACUGAUCUUUGACGUAAUUCACUAAGUGUAAGCUGUUUGUACUUCACGCUAUCUCGAAAUUUAUGUAAUAAUAUUAUUAUGUGUUUGUUUGAAUUCUCGCUGUAAGUUAAAUUUAAACUGUGAAUGCACUAUUAGUGGAAAACGAAAUAAAAUGUUUCUUUCAUAAAA